AGCAUCAACAGACGCACACAAAUAUAAAUAAAAAUAAAUAAAUAAUAAGAGAGAAAAACAGAAAGAGAGAGAGAGAGAGAAGCAGAGGCUAUAGAAGCCUCCAUCGCUUUCUUCUUCUUUUAACCUUCGUCUCUCUUCACAGAUCGGAUCAUCGAAUCCCUAAUUUUUUUGGAAAAUUCCUAAAUUUGCAUUUUCGAAACCUUGAAUUUUAACUCUCACUUUUUCUUUUUCUCCUCCCAAUUUUUUUAUUUUAUUUUAUCAUCGAAAUUUUGUUCUCCGUUUUUUAGUGUUUUUCUUCGUCGAUCAACUUGUCGGCUUAAAAAGGAAAGGGAAAUCCAAUUUUGUUUAAUUAGGGUUUGAUAUGGCUGCCAAUACUGAUACGGCUAAUUUCAAUAUCUCCGCUGCAGUGACAGCUGUUAAUCACUCUCCCACUAGCCCUAAUCAAUCACAUCGUGCCACGAGGGCGGUUUCUUCACCCUGGACACAUAACGUCCGUGGAGAAUCGGAGCCAAUCGCCGGUAUUCCUUUAUCGCCUUCGGCCUCUUCUUCGUUGUCACCAUCAAUGGUUGUGAUUGAGCCAACUGUUACCCCGGUGGGCGAAGAGGAAGGCGUGGAGAAUGGGACUGCUGGGCCCAAUGGCAAUGCCGGUAAGAGGCCGGCGUGGAACAAGCCUUCCAACGGCGCUGCCGAGUUUGGGGCCGUUAUGGGGGCCCACUUGUGGCCUGCUUUGUCUGAGUCCGCUAGGGUUUCUUCUAAAUCCUCUUCGGAUUUACCCAGAGCUUCAUCGGAUGGAUCGUCAUCCCCUUCUGCUGGGAGUGGAAGUGCAUCACCAUCGUCUUCAGUGAAACAAGUCAGUGCAACCUUGAAUUCAAAUUUGAAUCCAAACCAUGCAAUGCCUGCACGCCAAAGGUCAAUGAAGCAUGGUAAUAACUUAGCAUCUAAUGGUGGCCUCCCGCAGCCACUGCCUCAAGGUCCUGCGGUUGAAGCACCUUUGAAUAGCCCUUCUUCUAGGGACCACAUACAGAGAAGUGGAUUUGUGUCACAGCCUCAUAGUGGUGGUAAUGAUCACCCAAACCCACGUAAUUCAUUCAGACAUCGUAAUGGUGGUCCACAUCCACGAGGAGAUGGUUCUCCCCAUCAGAAUUAUGGAGGCAGGCGCAAUCGAGACCAUGGAAAUCAGGAUUGGAAUAGUCGGAACUUUAAUAAUAGGGAUGGUCACGUGCAGCCAAGAGUUGUUCCCAGGUUAAUGAGGCACCCAGCACCACCUCCACCUCCAAAUACUGCACCAUUUAUUGCACCCCCGCCUGUGCGGCCUUUUGGCACUCCCAUGGGGUUUCCUGAAUUGGCAUCUCAUGUUUAUUUAGUCCCAUCACCUCCUCCAGAGUCGCUUAGAGGUAUGCCAUUUGUUGCACCAAUGCCCCCAGCGUUUUUCCCUGCUCCAGAGCCUCAAGACCAUCAGUUGCAUGCCAGGAUAGUGAAUCAGAUUGAUUAUUAUUUCAGUGAUGAAAAUCUAAUUACGGAUACAUACUUGCGGAAGAACAUGGAUGAUCAGGGCUGGGUUCCUAUUAAAUUAAUAGCAGGCUUCAAAAUGGUUUCACUUUUGACUGAUAAUAUUCAGCUUAUACUGGAUGCUCUUCAAAGUUCAGUAGUCGUGGAAGUGCAGGGUGACAAAGUGAGGAAGCGGAAUAAUUGGAGACGAUGGAUAAUGCCGCCUUCUAUGCAAUUCCCUACCAUGUCUGGUCAGGAUAUGCUGGAGGCCUGUGUUCAGAAUAUUUCAUUGGAUCAGAGAAUUGCUAACCAGAGUAGUGCAAGGAGCCAUGAAAAUGCUUAUGCUGAUGGACUGUCAGGUAGAUCAUCAUCAGGGGACUUCAAUAACCAGUCACAGCUAUUCAGCAAUGAGGGAACAGCUGCCAUUGCUCAGGGUGGUCCAGCGACUAAUUCAAAUUAAGCUAAAUGUGGUUUGAUGCACGUUUUCUUGCUUAAGUUCCUGGAAGAUAUAGCAGAGGAUGAUCUUGACACCAUGGGUGAUUAUCUUGCCUUUCUUGAAGAUAGUUGUUCGGCCUUGGCAUGAUGAAAUGUGAUUUCUCAUGCCACAACUUAGAAAAAACUUUACAAAAUCAAAAGGAAAACAACUUUUAGAAAGAGAAAAAAAAAACAGAAUAUUUCAAAAAAAAAUAAAAGAAUUUGAACCUUUUUAAACUUGAGCUAGUGGCAUGAAAUUGAUGUGGCUGCAUUUUUUUUUUUUAAAGGGUGGAGGGAAUGUUGCUUUAUACUUCACUAUUUGUGGUGGCGUACAUGGUGUUUAAAUCUGGGGAAUUUUGAUUUGCUGCCCCUCUGCUAUUUUAAAAAAAAUAAAAAUCUUUGGGGUCUAUAGCCUCCUGUUGUGGGGCUAAGUAUACAAACUUUGAAAGAACAAAGUCCUUGAUGGGUUCAUGUCUUGACAUAUUAUGCGAGGGGGGGAAAGGUGAACGGAUCUUUUGCAGCACCAGCACCAGCACCAGCUCAUCUAACUAGUGGUAAAUCUCUGUUCAUGGUUACAUGCUUUCCUUCAUUCAAGGCGUAUAUCAUUUAACGAGAAUUGUUUUUUAUAUAUGCUUACUUUUUCAUACAACUAUAUCAAGGACUUGCUUUCGCUGCAUAAAGGUUUCCUUAAUUUGUUGGGCAAACCAUUAAAGUUACAACUGGAUGUAUGAUUUAAGUUUUGGGGCUUGUGGUACUUUUUACUUCCACUAGAAUAACAUUACUAGUAGUAUUAUUUAUUAAUCUCUGCUGCCUGUCUUGUUUUAUGCUCUGUGCUUAUGGCAUUAAUUCACUAUUAGUCAAAUAUUUAAUGUGAAUGAACUAUUAGAUUAAGUUGCUCACUGAGUCAUGAUCAAGCAC